AUGGACGCCAACACGACCGCUGCGCCCCUCCGCAUGCCGGAGGAGGCCACGUCGCCCACCCUCAUCAAGCGCUCGAUUGAGCUGAAGCGCCGCUCGGUCGACCCCGCCAGCGCCGACGUGCCCCCGACCUCGGCCCCCAAGCUCCACUGCACCUACAGCGCUAAGCUGGUGGACCUCAUGUCCAACUUUACCGUUGUUGAUGAGGACGGCCAGGUCGUCUCGUUCCAGGAGGACCCCUGCUCCGACGGCAGCGCCCCGGUAGGCGCGGCUGCCCCUGGCCAGCGCGGCUCUGACGACGCCAACUCUGCGGCCAGCGAGCAGGGCGCGCUGUGCGCCGUGCCCGAGGGCGGCGACGAGGAGGCCAGCGGCCCCGAGGGCGCCGCGGCGGCGCUGCUCAAGCCCGCCGCCAGCUCCGACGCCGACGCUGAAGCCGACGCCGGCUCCUGCGGCACCGCCGCGCCUCUGCCCCCGCCCGGCCCCCAGGGCCUGGCGGCUGUGUUUGAGCGCUUCGCCGCGCGCAGCAUCCCCAGCGCGGCGCCGGGCGACGUGGCGGCGGCGGUGCGCGGGCACCUCAAGGAGCACCCCUCGGCCGGCAUGGACACGCUGUAUGUGUACGAUCUCGCACAGAUCGCACGCAUGCACGCUGCCUGGGUCGCGGCGCUGCCCCGCGUGAGGCCCUACUACGCCGUCAAGUGCAACCCCGAGCCGGCGAUCCUCUCGGUCCUCGAGGCCCUCGGCUGCGGCUUCGACUGCGCCUCCCAGCUCGAGCUCGCCGCCGUUGUCAACCAGAUGGGCGUCGACCCGGCGCGCGUCAUCUUUGCGAACCCCUGCAAGCGGCCCGCGGACAUCGCGUUCGCGCGCAAGCUGGGGGUGGAGCGCACCACGUUUGACACGGAGUGCGAGCUCCUCAAGAUUGCGGCGGCGUACCCCAGCGCGGGCUGCGUGUUGCGGCUGCGCUGCGACGACGCGGGCGCGCAGGUCCAGCUGGGCCUCAAGUAUGGCGCAGAGCCCCACGAGGUCCCUGGCCUGCUGGCCGCCGCCAAGCGCCUGAACCUCAAUGUCGUCGGCGUGUCCUUCCACGUUGGCUCCGGCGUCCGCAACUAUGGGGUGUAUGCCGAGGCCGUCCGCCGCGCGCGCGACGCCUUCGACGCCGCUGCGGCGCUGGGCUUCACGGAUAUGACGCUCCUCGAUGUCGGCGGCGGGUUCGUCGCGCCGCACGCCGCGUCUCCGGCGGCCGCGUUCGUCGCGUCGGCGGCGGCGAUCAGCCGCGCGCUGGACGCGUGCUUCCCCGAGGCGGAGUGGCCGGGGCUGCAGGUCAUCUCCGAGCCGGGGCGCUACUUUGCGGAGAGCGCGGCGACGCUGGUGGCGCCCGUUUACUCCAUCCGGCUGCGCACCGUCGACGGCGCGCCCGAUGGCGAGAUCGCGCGGCGUGACUACUGGAUUACCGACGGCCUGUACGGCUCAUUCAACUGCAUCCUCUACGACGACCAGCACCCCUCCUUCCGCGUCCUCCGCUCCCCCUGCCUCCCGCCCCUCGCCGCGCCCGCCGGCGCCGCCGCCGCCGAGACCUACCCCUCCGCCGUCUGGGGCCCCACCUGCGACAGCGCCGACUGCGUGUUCAAGGACGCCCGCCUGCCCGAGCUGCGCGUCGGCGACUGCCUGCUGUUCAGCAACGCAGGCGCGUACACGGUCGCCGGCGCCUGCGACUUCAACGGCAUCAACUUCUGUGACCCCCGCAAGGUGUUUGUGCAGAGCCGCGCCCCCGCGCCGACCGCUUAA